AUGCCGACUGUCAAUGAAGAUUUUCUGCGUAAGCUAUCAGAGCUGUACGAAAGCUGGAACCAUGCGCUUCAGGAUGAGAAUCGUCGACUAGAGAAAGAGUUGACUGAGGUGAAGCACGAGAGACAGCAGUCCGAGGUACCAGCCGCUGCGCCACAGGGCUCUGUCUAUAUCAAAACGAUAAAGGACCUCAUAGCUGAAAAGCGUGCGCUUAGCCUCGACCUAGAGGCAGUGAAUCUUCGCAUCGAGCAGAUGACGGCCACCAUCGAGGGCCUCACAACGAAAACCGACCAGCUUCGCUACACACUUGGGCUUAAACAAGAUACACUAGGCGAUACGCGGGCAAAGUUGGAACAGGCUGAAAGAGAUGCCCAGCUUCGUCAAGAGCAGCUGUGCCAUGGACGCAAGAAGUUGUUCGAAACGGAGAAAGCAUUGGAGGAGUCUGACGAGCUGAGGGCUGAUCUCGGGAAGGCAUGGGAGUCGAGCGAAAGGGAUGUUAGACGUCUGCAGGUGCAGUUGGAGGACCGCGAAGCCGAGAUCGCUCUAUUGAGGGAGAUGUUACACACUCCAAAUGUGAAGAAAGAGACACCGAAAGCCGGUUCUGCGCAACCCAGGAAACGCACUCGUCAGGCGCAGCAGCAUGCUGAUGCUCCGAACAGUGCAGGUAGCUCGUCGAGCAAGAAGAGGAAGACAGACUCCACGAGUAUGAAGAACGAGGUCUGA